CGCGCUGUGUAAACCUGGCGUUGCAGUAUUUCAUGUUCAGGUCUUCAACAUGUCGCUCCUCUUAUUCCUAUCGUCGUCUCUAUUAUUCUCAUGUCUGGACAGUUUGACUGAAGCCCACCCAACGCAUUUACCGAGGAGGGUGUUCACAGACAAAGAGAUUGCAGUUAAAAGGUCACCUGUACCUGGAGACCAUGCACCUGUACGGAUCCUCCUGAGAGGAGAGCCAGACUCUGUCACAGCCGCAGGACAAACCCACUUGUACACAUACGACUUUCAGCAGCCCCAGAAGGCUCCCGUAGAAAGGAGGCUGGUGUGGAAGGAGUGCACUCCUGAGGAUUGCGGCUAUAACAUCACAGUGGUCCACGAGAGGCAGAAGGCUGACCAGGCGUUAGUGUGUGGAACCGACGGCUCAGAGACGCUGUGCUGUGACGUGAAUUUGUCUGCACAGUCACCCACAUGCACCCCUUCAAAUACGUCGGGGGCCAUAGAAAGAGGCAUAAGGUCAUUCAUCGUGAAGGAAGGUGAAGCAUCGGCGCUUGUGGAAUCAACAGAAAGUGCCGACCUCUACAUCACCAACUCUGGAUCUCAGGAGUAUGUUGGCAUCCACAAGUUUGGUAAAAACAGAGUUGGACCAGCGAGUCAUAAUAAAGAGCAACACUAUGUGGGUUUGAUGCUCAGCAGAGGAAGAGAUGCUCCCUUACAGGAUAAGGUUUUUGCUUUCUACAAGGAGAAAAACAAAGGUAGUAACCCGCGAGAUGACAUGUGGCUCCCGUACGUCACCCGGGUUUGCAUGGCAGAUAUUGGGGGUCGCAAGAACAACAUGCAGCUCACUUGGACGUCCCAGAUGAGUGCCAGGCUCUUCUGCGGAGACCCCGGCACCAGACAGCAUUUCUCUGAACUGGUAGAUGUGGCUGUUGUGCAGGCAGACCAGUGGCAGGAUACCAGAGUUUAUGGACUCUUCAGAAAUGAAUGGCAUAUGACCGCCGUGUGUGUUUACACCAUUAAAGAUUUUGACAACAUCUUUGCAACCUCUGCAUUCGAAGGCCAAACCUCAGCAUAUUCUAGGGACAGACCUAGGAAGUGUGUUGAAGACAGCAGGCUGCUGUCUCCUGAGACCCUGAGGAAGAUCGCUGAGACAUCAGAGAUGGUGGACUGGGUCCAACCGGUGAACAAGUCUGGUCCCCUGCUUUUCAAUCACCACAACUACACCCACAUCUACGCUGACAGCUCCAAGGACAAGAGGAACAAUACCCACACAGUUCUGUUUCUGACACUCAAUAAUGGAGCAAUUCAUAAAGUGCUACAGACGGAAAAUCAGUCCUUUUUCAUCGCUGAGUACCACCCCUUCAACCACAGAGCCCACAUCAGCAGCAUCGUCCUUCAUCCGUCCUCGAGGAAGCUCUAUGUCACCACCAGAAGUGAACUGGUCCAGCUGGAUGUGGAACACUGUGCCAAGUACGGAGACUGUGAGGAGUGUGUCUUAGCCAGGGACCCGUACUGCGGCUGGAACUUCACCCAGUGCUCCGCUGCAACGAGCGACACACUGCAGGACUUGACCACAGGGAACCACACCAUCUGCCCUGUUCCACUUCUGACAGCUUCCAGAUAUUCCACUGACGCACGUGCACCUGAGAGGGUGGAACGCAUCGCUGUCCCCCCCAAAUCCAAGUUUUUCCUUUCCUGUCCGAUGUUGUCUAAACACGCGGAGUAUACCUGGCGUCAAGGGCAAGACACCACGCUCUGCAGGUCGAAGGAGCAGGAGUGCCUACUUCUCAUCGACAGCAUGAGUCCAGAGCAGGUGGGAACGCACACGUGUGAGUCAGAGGAGCUGGGCCUCAAGAAAGUCCUGUUGCAUUACGAGCUGCAGCUGGAGAGCAGGGCAGCGAUUGGUCGAUUGUCAAGCCCUCUGAUCUGGGUUUGUAUGGUGGCUGCUCUGAUUAAGAGUUAGUCCUGUUAAUCCUGAUUGAGUCCAGGGAAAGGUCAACAACGAGCAUAUUGCAUUAAGUACAGUAACAGAGACUGUCACUGAAAUAAUAUUAGCUUAUGCCAAUAAACAUUUCCAACAAAGGAGAUCCUGCUUGAGUAAACAUUUAUGAUCAUUUAUUUCCUUUAAAAUAUUUGUAAAUAAUGCUAGCCUUCAAAUGAUUAUUGCUUUUCAAAAGCUUAAACAUUCCUCUUUCGGCAUAUCUGCACCCUUCUGUGUAGCUUGCCUUUAGCUGCACAUAAACAACAGACUGCGCACUUAACAAUCUUUGAUGGAAUGUCCAUGUCAACAGUAAUCCCAGUGAUGAGUUGACAGAAAAUAAGCUGCUUGGUAGAAAUGUUAUGAAACAGCGCAGAGUAGCAGCAUGCAGGUAGAGCAGAAAAGUCUUGCAAUGUGAAUGUAACACGAUGCACAGUUUAUUUCAGUGUUUUGUGUCGGUUUCCGUUUUAUAUGUGAAAUUCUGUCUGGACUUUCGUUUUUUUUUAUAAACUACCUCAAACCUGCCAGAUAGGCUCGCAGAAGUAUGAACUGUCCUCUCUCUGUUAAUACUCUUCUAUGUAACAGGCUUAAGGUAACAUGCUCAUAAUGUGAAAUACUGCUAAGAUAUGGAAAGUUAAAAGGGGCUGAGUGUAAAUCUAAAGCAGUCGUAACCCUGAGCUGCUUUCAGGCACCAAGCAGCUUUGUGUAAUGAUUGAAAACUAUCGACUGUAAAUAAAGACAGACAAAGCAUCUCCACCUCCUCCUCCAUCCAGAAGUGAGGCCCACAAAUUAUAUACAUAUAUCCUGCUUACAAGCACCCCCAUCUUGUGCCUGUGACGUCAUUUGGAGGCGGAGACUGUGCAGCAGUGAUCAUGGCGUGGAGCCAUGGUGUCGAGGUCCGGAUGAUACACACUCUUGGCCAAUCGUGAGCCAGUCUCAGCCUUCAAUUAUGAUGUUCCACCUCGUUUAGCAUCAAAUAACACAUAAACACUGCAUCGUUUUAUUUAAAGUGUAUUUUUUGUCUUGGUCCAUGUCUCAUCUGCUAACUUUGAGGAGGUGGGGUUAGUGACGUGCGCUGCAGCCAGCCACCAGGGGCCAAUUAGAUGCCUCGGCUUGCCUUUUGGGAGUCAUCAUUGUCCAUCUUUAUAUACAGUCUGUUUUAUACUGUAUGUUUAAUAGCCGGUGUACAAUCUAUGCAUCAACCACUGUUUAAUUUGUUUAACAUGAAUUGCCAUAUUAUAUUAAAGUAGAAUUUUAUGA